UCUUUAUUUUGAUGACAGGUCUUUUUAUCAAAACAGCAUAAAAUAAACAAAACGCAUACAUUUCGUGAUCAAUUCAGACGGACUGAUGAAAAUUUAGUUUUUACUCUUGAAAUCAGGAUUAUUUUUCAAAAACUUGGGAACCCCGUACGCUAAGUACAAAUAAAAUGCAUUCUGGGAACAGCAUUUCCCGGCUGCUGUUCCGGUCAUUGGUGCUGCUGGUUUUGGUAGAUUGGACUUUCAGUCUGCCAGUGGUGACACCGUCCCCAAAACCAGAGAAAAAAGACGAACAUUCCAAGGACAGCAACGUGGAACCUCUCGAGAAUAUCAUUGAAUAUAACAAGUAUCUCCAAGAGGUCGUUAAAGUUCUGGAAACCGAUCCCGAAUUUAGGGAUAAACUAGACAAAGCCGAUCAAGAGGAUAUUCGGAAUGGCAAGAUCGCACAGGAGCUGGAAUACGUGAAUCACAACGUACGCUCAAAGCUAGACGAGCUUAAGCGCAUCGAACUUCAGAGGUUGCGUGAACUGGCAACACGUCAGUUUGAACUGACAAACGAAAUUGAUCGGGACCAUCUGAAAAUUGCUGAGCAUGUUGAUCAUGAAAAUCAACACACGUUUGAAAUUGAAGAUUUGAAGAAAUUGAUACACAAGACGUCGCAGGAUCUGUCGGAGAAUGAUCGUCGACGACGGGAAGAAUUCAAACAAUACGAGCUGCAGAAGGAAUUUGAAAAACAGGAAAAGUUACGAGUCUUGGACGAGGAAAACCGUAAAAAGUAUGAGGAAGAAUUGAAGAAGCAACAAGAAAAGCAUGACAAGCAUGGAAAAAUACAUCACCCCGGUAACAAAGCUCAACUGGAAGAAGUUUGGGAGAACCAGGACCAUAUGGAUGGACAAGAGUUCAAUCCAAAAACUUUCUUCAUGCUCCACGAUAUAGAUGGCAAUGGUUUUUGGGAUGAAAAUGAAGUCAAAGUACUGUUCAUUAACGAAUUGAAUAAAAUGUACGAAGCUGGGGCCCCUGAAGAUGACAUGAAAGAGCGAGCCGAGGAGAUGGAACGAAUGCGAGAACACGUUUUUCAAGAAGCUGAUACCAAUAAGGAUGGUCUGAUAAGUUAUGAUGAAUUUUUAGAGCAAACCAAGAGGGAAGAGUUCCAGAAAGAUCCUGAUUGGGAAACUGUUGAUCAUCAGCCACAGUUUACGCACGAGGAGUAUCUGGAAUACGAACGGCGAAAUCAAGAACAAAUACAACGACUGAUUGCUGAAGGAAAGCUUCCACCACAUCCGAAUAUGCCACAAGGAUAUUACCCAGGACCAAAUGGUGGUUAUCAGGUACAUCCGAAUGCUGUCCCCCAACAACCGUAUCAUGGCCCCCCACAAGGUCAUCCUGGUCAAGUUCCACAAUACCACGGCCAGCCACCUCAACAGGGACACCCGCAGCAAGUGAAUCUUCAUCCAAAUCAAGUUUAUCAACAUCACCAAGACCCUAACUACGCUGCCCCACAAAGUGGCCAACAGUCCAACGUAUACCAACAUCCUCCACCACAGGCACAGCAACAGUAUAACGGACAGCAACCUCUGCAACAGCAGCCAGUCCAACAACAGAACUUCCAACAACCUCCACAACAAUAUCAGAACAGUAUUCCGCAGAACAAUCAAGUCCCAGCUCCUCAACCACACCCACAAGCUCAGCAACCCCAACAAAAACAACCAGUGGGAAAUAAUCAACCGCCAAUCCAACAACAACCUAUCCAGCAACAACAACCAAUCCAACAUCAACCACAACCGAUCCAACAACAACCAAUCCAACAACAACCAAUUCAACAACAACCAAUCCAACAUCAACCACAACCCGCCCAACAACAGCAACCAGUCCAGCAACAACCGCCACAACCUAACCUUCAACAACACAACAAUCCGAAUGCCAAUAGUGUUCCCGCGGUUGGGCAACAGUACCAGCAACAGCCUUCCGUACAGCAACAGAAACACUAAUGACGUGGUCUUGUACCUAUUCCGACCGGAUCAGCAUUCACCUCAACCGAAACAAUAGAUCAAAAUAACAAAUAACUCACAGGCUCGAGUGCAAUAGUGAAAUGAGCACAUUUUACAUUUUUUCAGGAACCGUUAAAUUUCCAACUACACCCAUUUGAUAUUUUCUUCAAUUUUCAACGAGCGGUGUUUUAACAAUGCCCACAAUAACUAUUUAAAGACUGUAUUGAAUUACAAAAUUUUGAUUUAGGAAGUAUGUAUGUGUAACGGAGGACAUCGGUGGAUAAAUCGUUCAAGACGUGAGUGACAUUCGAAAAUUGCACAUAUAGUGCAUACUGUUAGAUUCCAUCUUCUCUCUUUACUUAAAUUUUUUAUCCGAAAUCUACUGCUAUAAGACAGUGUAAUGACAAUUCUGAAUAAAAGAAAAAUCUUUAUAGCACAAAGCGAA